UUCCUCCCACAGAACAAUAUAGGAGUACUAUAUAUAUGAUUGAUCGUAAAUAAAGGAGAACAUUUUUUGCAUUGGAAUUUGGUGAAAAUAUUCUUUAUUUUUUUGCUGUAUACAAAUUUUACUUUUGGCUCGAGUAAAAUAUUCGUAUAAGAAUUAAAUUUGGAUAAAAAUGGCAUCACGAUUUAGUGGAGCAUUGCAGAUUACAAAUUUGGAUGAUUUUAUCACUCCAUCACAGGAAUGCAUUAAACCUAUAGAAAUGCAAUCAAGCAAAAGCAAAACAGGUGCAAAAAUAAAAAUACAAUCGGAUAACUUGGCUAUUAAUGAAAUUAGGCAAUCUGAAAAAUUACAAAAAGUUGAAAUCACACUCGCAGAUUGUUUAGCAUGUAGUGGUUGCAUUACAUCUGCUGAGAGUGUGUUAGUUACUCAACAAAGUCAAGAAGAAUUGCUUAGAGUAUUUCAGGAUAAGUUAGCUCAACAGAAUACAGGAAGUACAAAUAUCAAAUAUAUAGUAGUGAGUCUAUCAGUGCAACCUGUAUUGUCACUGGCACAACAUUAUGAACUUACACCUGAGCAAACUCUCAGUAAAUUGGCAGGUUUCUUCUAUAAAUUAGGAGCCGAUGCAGUACUAGAUAUGACUGUGGCCGAUGAUUUUGUUUUGUUAGAAGCUGCAAAAGAAUUCGUUGAGCGUUAUAAAGCUAAUAAAGAAGGCAUCAAAAAUCAAUUACCGAUGCUAUCUUCUUCUUGCCCAGGUUGGGUAUGUUACGCAGAGAAAACUCAUGGAAACUUUAUAUUACCAUAUAUAAGUGUUACAAAAUCACCUCAACAAAUUAUGGGAUCUUUAGUAAAAUAUCACUUAGCUGAAAAUAUGGGUCUUUCACCAGAACAAAUAUAUCAUGUAACUGUAAUGCCUUGUUAUGACAAAAAAUUGGAAGCUUCUAGAGAAGAUUUUUAUAACCAGCAAAAAGGGACAAGAGAUGUAGAUUGCGUCAUAACAUCAAUUGAAUUGGAACAAAUGCUCAAUGAAGAUGGUCUAGUAUUAAACGAAAUAGAUGAAGGUGAAAUCAAACAACCAUUUGGUUCCUAUAAUAAAGAAAACGAAAACAGAUUAUGGGGUCAUAGUGGAUCGGGAUCAGGUGGUUACGCGGAUUUUAUUUUCCGUUAUGCAGCAAAGAAUCUUUUUGAUGAGGAGAACGUUGUGAUAAACUUUAAAAAUCUUAGAAAUCCCGACUUCCAGGAAGCAGAAUUGAAGCGAAAUGAUCAGGUGUUAUUAAAGUUUGCUAUUAUUAAUGGAUUCAGGAAUAUACAAAAUAUAGUUCAGAAGGUGAAACGAAGCAAAUGCGUUUAUGAUUAUGUGGAAAUUAUGGCAUGCCCAUGUGGUUGUUUAAAUGGUGGAGCACAAAUAAGACCUGAAGGAAAUGUUCAACCCCGAGAACUUGCAUCGAUAUUAGAAAAUGUUUAUCAUAAACUUCCAUCGAGCAGACCCGAGGAAAACAAAGUGGUGCAGAAUUUGUAUAAAACUUGGUUGGGAGGAGAACAUACAGACAAAGUUAGCGCAUAUUUCAGUACACAAUAUCAUGAGAUACAAAAGAUGAAUACAGCACUUGCAAUAAAGUGGUAAUUUAGUAAUAACAAUAUCAUAUGUGAUUAUGCAUAUGUGUAUUUUAUAUAAUGGAUUUACUUUCUAAAAUUAAUUUACUUUUACGAUUGUAUAAUAACAAAA